UUGACAUUUUCUCCAGCUCUGAGCAGGGAAUUUCGACCUUACAAACCAGAUCCAGCUCCACUACUGCAUAUAUGUUCAGCUUGGGAAGUUAAACCUAGUGAAAUAAUGAUGGUUGGAGAUUCCCUUAAAGAUGAUGUGGCUUGUGGGAAGCGAGCAGGAGCUGUUGCAUGCUUGCUUGAUGAAAGUGGGAGGUAUGACUCUCCAGAAUACGCCAAGGUCAAUUUCAAACCAGAUUUCAAGGUGUCUUCCCUAAUGGAAGUUCACUCGCUAUUGGAAGCACAUUUUGACCUGUCACCUUGAUCCUCAAACCUGUUGCGGACAAUCUUCACAUUCGAUGGAGAAGAAGCCUUAUUAGUAGUCUGUACGCAUUAUCUAGAAAAGAACUAGGUUGCAGCACUUGUUGUAUGGCUUUCUCUUUGCUCCCCGAAACGGUUAGAAGCAAAGAAAAUGCAACCUGAAAGUGAAAGAGGAAAAAGAGGAAAGAACUAGUAGAAAAUUUCUACUAGAAACCAGUUAGGCGGAAGACCAAUCAAUUUGUAUGAGACUUAUAUUAGUUUUAAAAAUUGUGUUGUACUUGGCCUGGUAAAAGCUCAUUAUCAGUUACCAAGAACCUGACCAAAUGCUUUGGGAGACAUUAAUCAAAUUUCCCACCCAAUA